AUGGGUUGGAUUCACAAUACCAAUGCCGCCGUUGCGCGCAGCGCCGUUGGGAAAUACUUUCGCCUAGAAGGCUCUGGUCACAGGAAAGAGCGCAAAGGUUCAUACUUCUUCACCGAAAUCCGAGCUGGUCUGGCGACCUUUUUCGCGAUGGCCUAUAUCAUCAGUGUCAAUGCUACUAUCGUCUCACAAUCUGGUGGUACUUGUGUUUGUCCGCCUGAUUCUCCAGAUCUCUGCGAUAGCGAUCCCGCCUAUAUGCUGUGUGUGCAAGAGGUCAACCGGGACCUUGUCACAGCGACUGCAGCUAUUGCCGCACUGACAACGUUUUGUAUGGGUCUUUUCGCCAACAUGCCAAUUGCGCUCGCUCCAGGCAUGGGUCUGAACGCCUACUUUGCUUACACCGUCGUGGGCUAUCACGGAUCUGGCCUUGUUCCGUACCAGGUUGCGGUCACUGCAGUCUUCGUGGAAGGCUUCGUUUUCGUUGGUCUUACAAUUCUCGGACUCCGACAAUGGUUAGCCAGAGCCAUUCCAGCCUCGAUCAAGCUUGCUACUGGUGUGGGUAUUGGUCUCUACCUUACGAUCAUCGGUUUGACCUACAGCGCUGGUAUUGGCGCUAUUACCGGAGCCCAUUCCACGCCUCUCGAACUUGCAGGAUGUGCACAACAAUACCUCGACCCCGAUACAGGAGUUUGUCCUCCAUCGUACAAGAUGCGGAACCCAGCCAUGUGGAUCGGCAUCUUCUGCGGUGGUAUAUUGACCGUACUUCUUAUGUUGUAUCGCGUCAAGGGAGCUAUCAUCGCAGGCAUCCUUCUGGUGUCGAUAAUCUCUUGGCCUCGAGGCACGGAGGUCACCUUCUUUCCCUAUACUGAUCUCGGAGAUGCCUCAUUCGACUUUUUCAAACAAGUGGUUGCGUUCCACCCUAUCCAGCGUAUCCUCGCAGUUCAGGAAUGGAACGUCUCUGAAUAUGGCGGUCAAUUCGGAUUGGCCUUCAUCACAUUCCUCUAUGUCGACAUCCUUGACUGCACAGGUACUCUGUAUUCUAUGGCCAGAUUCUGUGGUGCAAUCGAUGAGCGAACUCAAGACUUUGAAGGCUCCGCAGUGGCCUACCUCGUGGAUGCCUUCGGUAUCUCGAUCGGUUCAGUUUUGGGUGUACCACCAGUAACCGCCUACAUUGAAUCCGGCGCUGGUAUAUCCGAAGGUGGCGCGACUGGUCUCACAGCUAUCGUCACAGGUCUCUGCUUCUUCGUCUCGAUAUUUUUCGCACCGAUCUUCGCAUCUAUCCCUCCUUGGGCUACCGGCGCCACGCUUAUCAUUGUUGGCAGUCUUAUGGCCAAAGCAGCAAAGGACAUCAACUGGAGUUAUGUUGGAGAUGCGAUACCAGCCUUCCUUACCAUUGCCAUUAUGCCAUUCACAUAUUCUAUCGCAUAUGGUCUGAUUGCUGGCAUCGUCAGCUACAUCAUCAUCAAUACCAUCGCAUGGAUAUUACUGAAAGCAUCUGGUGGCCGCAUCAGGCCUAAAGAUUAUGAUUUGAAAGAGCCGUGGACCUACAAGCUUGAAGGCGGUCUCCUGCCACCAUGGGUUACCAGACUUCUCAAGGGAAAGAAGGAUUUCUGGAAGCCAUAUGGAGAUGAGGAGGACUACACAGUUGGACGAACCAUGGACGGCACCGAGCAUACCACGACUGCAGGCAAAUUGAGCGAAAGUCAGGUGGCGGAAUCAAGCGGGAAGAGCUCCGACGACGAUUACGAAAAGAGACAUUUGUAG